AUGGUUAACAAAGCAGGCGGGAAGAACAGCGUGAGGGAGUACAAUCUUGUGGUUGUUGGUGGUGGGGGUGUUGGGAAGUCCGCGCUGACGAUCAAGCUGACGCAGUCGCGGUUUGUCGACGAGUACGACCCGACCAUCGAGGACUCGUAUCGGAAGCAGGUGGUUCUCGACAACGAGGUCACGAUCAUAGAUAUUCUAGACACUGCCGGCCAGGAAGAAUACUCUGCGAUGCGCGAGCAGUACAUGCGCACUGGCGAGGGGUUCCUGCUCGUGUACUCCUCUACGUCGAAGAACUCGUUCGACGAGCUCAUCACAUACUACCACCAGAUCCUGAGGGUCAAGGACACGGACUACGUCCCGAUCGUCGUCGUCGGGAACAAGAUCGAUCUUUCUGGGGAGAGACAAGUGCCCUUCGACAGCGGGCUCAAGUUGGCAAACGAAAUGAGCGCACCGUUCCUAGAGACCUCUGCAAAGGAGGGGGUCAACGUCGAGGAGGCCUUUUACACGCUCGUCAGACUUGUACGUGACAAUGGUGGAGACUACAACCGGGAAAACACGGCAGCGCAACUGGGGGAGAACGAUACAGAGCAACAACAACAACAACACCCAGAUCACACGAAGACGCAUGGAGGCACCAAAUUGAACUCGACGAUCACCCGCUCGAUCAGUCAGGACGAGACCACACAGAUGCAAACGCAGGGGCAACGAAACGAUCCUGUGGCAGGUGUCUCCGUGACACCGGCGUUCCCCUCCCAUGAGAACCAGCAGCACAAGAAGACGGUACCACUGGCAGACAACAACAGCACACAUACACCACAACAGGGCGCACAGCCGUCGCAACAGAACAGGACGAAGGAGCAAAGAAGGGCACAGUCCGCUGCACAGACGGGAAAUUCUGCACAGGCGACAGCACAACACAGUGAGGAUUCCAAGGAAAGCGGCUGCUGCGUCAUCUCCUAG